AUGAGGCGAAGGAGUACAUUCUUGCACGACCCGAAGCUUGAAGUCGACCCUCGGCAGCUGUAUCUCUCCGGCGAUCGUUUCGUGAUUGAAAAUCUGCGGGCAGCGCGAGAGGAGAGGCUGACUGUCGGUUUCGACGAGUUGCCUGAAGAGCUAUGGCAAGUCCUCCGGCAAAGCCAUGAGCUUCAUAUCCGGUGGGCAAGCGAAUAUAUCUACGAUGCCAUUCCCCCCUUCGUCUCCAAGAUCUCACCGGGCCUGCAUGUCUUCUACACACCUCUGCAAAGACAGUCGGGCGACCUCCUCUGUCCUUUGCUCCAUAAAGUCUUCUCCAGCACUCUCAAAUGCUCGAGUCCUCUGUCCACUUUCACAACACCGCACUUGCGCUCCGGACGAUUCGCCUCGACAUCUUCACUGCAAUAUCAUUCCUUGUUACCGUCUCUCGACUCUCUCACUCAAUACUUCCAACGCUAUCUAUGCAGGCACUCGGAUCAGCAGUGCCUCCAUUCGGCCUCUCUUCUGAACGUCGCCGAUACCGUCGACAUUGACUACGACAGUAUAUCCCAUACCCUGAUCUUUACAGCGCACUGGUCCCGACCUCCAGCGGUGCUAUACGACCCUCUUACCGGCAGAACUACAGAGAAUGGAUGGUCACUAAGCGUCAAUACGUCCGCCAACGCCGAGAAAGUUGAAGUUGGCGUCCUCAGCAACGAACCACCAACCGACCCUUCCGACAUCAGCCUCUCCGGUUUCCUCACCGUUGUCGGGGAAGAUGACCACCCCAAACCAACUCUCUUCUCCUUCCCAUCCCGUCACCACGCCCUCCCACCACCACAGUCCCAAGACCAAAGAUACACAGUCUCCUUCCUCCAACCAACAGGUCUCCACCCUACGAUGCAAAUCUCCUUCCCCACAGCAUCCGCGCUGCAACCCCCAGCCAACAAACCAGCCGACAGCGCCUGCACUUUACACACCUACCUAACCCUCCCCAGUGCCCUCUUCGCCGAUAAAUACCAACUCUCCGCCACCGCCGACACGAUAUUCAUGCAAUCCCACCACCUCACAGCGCUGCGUGCGAUAUCCGGAGAAACCGACCUCGAGACGCCUGACUACGUGGUCGAGAAAUGGGGGAGCAAUCUACUUCUCGAACUUGCCAUCCCGCCCUCCUCCUCCUCCUCCUCUUUACCCAAAUCAGCCAGCUCCACCCCUCCAAACCAAGUCCCAGACCCAUCCUCAAGAGGCUGGAACAUCACCAUCCCCCUCCACCUCCGCUACCUCCCCCCCUCACCCACCGGCCACUCCACGAUCGACAUCCCGGACCCAAUCCUCUUCUGGGCCUGCACCGCGGAGGAAGGGACCAAAUUCCCCGUCAACCCGUUCGAUCGCGUGAAUCUGGGGUACGAGGGCUUGUUUGGUGGGCGCACCAUGUUUUAUCAUUUGGAUCCCGCUCCAGCUCCGGCUCCGGACUUAGGCGCUGCUGGGAGAAGGGGGAGGGGAAACCUCGUGCAGAGGAUCCCGGUGCCGGUUCUGAACACGGAGGCAUGGGGCGCGGAGUGGGUGGAGUCGGGGGCCGUGGCGUGGGUGGUCUGGCGGCUGUGGGCUUCGAGGUUGUCGGUCAGAGGGGAGGCGGGGCCGAAGGGCGUAGCGGGGCGUGUGGAAGCGGAUACCAGAGAAGGAGGAGGAGGAGAAGGGCAUGAGAGCGAAAAGAAGAAGAAGAAGCAAUAA